AAGAAAAGAUAAAAGGCUUUGGAAGCCACUAUGGCAUCCUUUCUGUCAGGGAAACUUUCUGGUCUUCUGCCUUAGUAGCUGCCUUUCAUUCUUUUUUUUUUUCCAUCUUAUUAUGCCAUCACCUCUUCCUCUGAAUUGUUUUCUUCCUUUCGAGUUUUCCUCACCCGCAGAUUUGCGACCCUGCAGCAGCCCCUUAGUUAUCCCUGGUAAAGACAGCAAACGUUUAUUGGGGGAAACUCUUUCAGCCAGGACCCGCCGCUUGCCUCCACGCCUGGCCUGGUGCUCCAUUGACUGGGACCAGGUCUGUCUCCUGCAGCCGCUGGGCUCUGGGGGCUUCGGUUCUGUCUACAAAGCCACCUACCACGGUGUAACCGUGGCUGUGAAGCAGGUGAAGAAGAGCAGCAAAAACCGGCUGGCAUCACGACAGAGCUUUUGGGCUGAGCUGAACGUCGCCCGGCUACAGCACGAGAACGUGGUACGUGUGGUGGCUGCCAGCACCUGUGCCCCGGCCAGCCAGAACAGCCUGGGUACCAUCAUCAUGGAGUACGUGGGCAACAUCACUCUGCACCAUGUGAUUUAUGGCACUGGCAAUGCAUGGAAACAGGAUGAUGAAGGAGGAUGUGGAAGGAAGGCCCUGAGCAUGCAAGAGGCUGUGUGCUAUUCUUGUGAUGUUAUGACUGGCUUAGCCUUUCUUCACUCGCAGGGCAUUGUGCACUUGGACCUGAAGCCUGCAAACAUCUUCAUCACUGAGCAGGGAGUGUGCAAGAUCGGAGACUUUGGGUGCUCCCAGAAACUGGAGGAGGGCUUCUCCCAGAGUCCCCAUGUUUGCCAGCAAGGGGGCACAUACACACACCGUGCUCCUGAGCUCCUCAAGGGAGAGGGGGUCACUGCCAAAGCCGACAUCUACUCCUUUGCUAUCACCCUUUGGCAAAUGGUCAUGCAAGAUCAGCCCUACCUGGGUGAGCGGCAGUAUGUACUCUAUGCUGUGGUCGCCUAUAACUUACGACCUUCGCUGGCUGCUGCUGUUUUCCACGAGUCACCAGUGGGCCAGAGACUCCAGAGCAUCAUCAGCUGCUGCUGGAAGGCAAAUGCAGAGGAGCGCCCUGGUGCAGCCCAGCUGCUCCCCAGCAUCAGAGCCCUCCGGGGCAGCCCCUAGGAACACUCUUACCCCUUCUUUUACUGUUGAUUUUCCUUUACCUCCAUUUUUCCUCCAAACAUAACUAAUCUAUCUCCUAUGUAAUCAGAAGGCUUUGUUGAUUUUUUUUCCCCAUAAUUUUAAAAAAAGGAAAUGGCUUUGUUAUAAGAAGGUUAUAAAUAAAGAAAGAGGUUUAACUAAA